AUGACGUCCAGAUUUAGUAAAACAUAUACACGGAAGGGAGGAGAGGCCAGCUCGAAGUUUGAUGAGGUGUUUUCUAAUAAGAAAGCUACGCUUAGCACCAAAUGGGGAGAGACCACCUAUAAGGCACAGUUGGGGGUCAAACGGCCCUCGUUCAAGCCAGAGGUUCCUGAGCUGACUAAACGACCCCGCUUUGAUGAUGACGACAGCUCAGAGGACCCCUUUGGCUUUGAUAGUGAUGAAGAAUCCAAAACGGUCACAUUCAGAGGUACUCCACAAUCUGAGACGGGCUCCGAUGCAGCAGGAUCCGGGAACGAGCAGCUGAAGGCCCAGGCAGAAAAGCCCAGUCACGGCACAGCGGUGACUGCUGUGGGUACUUCCACCUUGGGCAGCAGCCCAAACAUCAGCACCGGGGUGGUUGGUAUUAAUAACCCAGCUACAACAUUUCCAACCUCAUCGCAUGGCAGUGCAGGAGCCUGGAGCAGAUCCAGUGCCACAGUAAGCAAACCAGUCUCCCAGAUCUCCAGCUUAAAAACCCACAGUAGAACCAUCUCUGACUGGGACUCUUUCGGGGAGGACUCUCCUCCAGGGGCCGGCGAGGGGAGUUCUACCCAGGGUGGAAACUCUUCAGAUGGGCUCAAGAGCUCAGAACAGUGCCCUGAUGAACCUGAACCUCCAGUGGAACCUGUUGACUUUGAGCAGCUUCCGCUUCUUAAACCAUCCAGCGACAGAGUGUACCGACGGCCACGGAAUAAAGAGACGGAUAGUUCUGGAGCCGGUGAUGCACCAGUUCCUGCUGUGACUUCAACACCAGCCUCUGCGCUGGUGAAGAGUGCCCCUGCAGGGGUUGCUGGGAGUUCAGAGGUCAAGCCCGCAGGUCGGGGCCGGGUGAGGGACUACACGGUUCUUCACCCGUCCUGUGUGUCCGUGUGUAACGUGACUAUCCAGGAUUCAGUAGAAAGGAGCGUGGAUGAUUUUGCCAGCCCAGUGCAAGCUGACAUAGGAGAGGCAGGAACCUUCCGGAGGAAAUCCGACACACAACCUUCCAAACCUACGAGGUUCAGACCUGCUCAAGGUAAAAGUAAAAAGGAGACAAAACUGGAGUUUUUUGGCUUUGAGGAGAAUGAGGCUCAGGACGCAGAUGGAGACGCCACUGCAUCCGGCAGCACCAGCUACAAGAUCAAAUACUUUGGUUUUGACGACCUGAGUGAGAGUGAUAGUGAGGAUGAAGACGACUUAGCUGCUAAAGAGAAAAAGAGGAAUAAGAAAGCAGAGACGGAAGCUUUGACAAGCAGCGUGGGCAGUCCCCAGAUCAACGACUCGCAAGAGAGUCAACAGAGUCAAAGCAGCCUAAGUACAGAUUCUCAGGAGUCGCUGGAUGAGACAGGAGAUACAGGCUCACAGAAGGAACGACAUGGAAAGCAAAGCGACAGAUCAAAGGAGAUCGAACGCAAGAUCUUCAGCAGGCCAAAAAAAUCUCCUGCUAAAGCCGUUUAUAACGCUCGUCACUGGAAUCAACCCGAGCCGGAGGAAGUGCCGCCUUCUGCUUCCUCUCAUACUGUGGCUGUACCUAAGGCCAGUGUGUCCAGCAGCAGCAAAGACACAAACUCUCAUAAAGAUGAUGGAGUGUUUAAAGCUCCACCCCCUCCACCCAAAGUCAUUAAGUCUGUCACUAUCCCCACUGAGCCAUACCAGGACAUCGUCACUGCACUAAAAUGCAGGACGGAGCACAAGGAGUUGUACACGGUGGUCCAACAUGUGAAGCACUUUAAUGACGUAGUGGAGUUUGGGGAGAAUCAGGAGUUCACUGAUGACUUUGAUUAUCUGGAGACGGGCUUGAAGAGCACACAACCCCUCAACACACGCUGCCUUAGUAUAAUCAGUCUGGCCACACGCUGUGCCAUGCCCAGCUUCCGCAUGCACCUGAGGGCCAGAGGGAAGGUGGCCCAGGUCUUUAAGAUGCUCAGUGAUGCCCAACAACACCCGAACCUGGCUCUUUGCACAGCAUCUCUAAUGUACAUACUGAGCCGAGACCGGCUAAAUAUGGACCUGGACCGGUCCUGUCUGGAGCUGAUGAUCAGGCUGCUGGAACUAGAGCAGGAUGACUCCGUAGCAGACCAGUUAACAGCUAAAGAGAUGAGCCGGGUUAAACAGAAGAUCCGCAAACUCUGCGAAACAGUCCACAACAAACAUCUGGACCUAGAAAACAUCACAACUGGACACUUAGCGAUGGAGACAUUACUGUCACUGACAUCGAAGCGAGCCGGAGACUGGUUUAAGGAGGAACUGCGGUUACUUGGGGGUCUGGACCACAUUGUAGAUAAAGUGAAAGAGUGUGUUGAGAACUUGAGUAGAGAAGAAGAUAAAGAGAGUCUGGUGGCGUCACUUUGGGGAGCAGAGCGCUGUUUACGAGUUCUGGAGAGUGUGACAGUCCAUAAUCCUGAGAACCAGACUUAUCUGAUCGCCUACAAGGAGUCCCAGCUCAUCGUAUCCUCAGCAAGGGCCCUGCGGCAUUGUGAGCAGAUGAUACAGCGCUACAGCCGAGAGGUCUCUUCACCGAGCUCCGCCCUCCUGCAGAGUAGUCAUAGCAACGUGGGCAAGGCCGUGGAGGAUUGUAUGAGAGCUGUUAUCGGAGUUCUGCUCAACCUCACACAUGAUAACGAGUGGGGCAGCACUAAAACAGGUGAGCAGGAUGGCCUCAUACAGACAGCUCUGGACUCUGUUCUGAAGGUCCCACGCUAUUUGCCUCAGGAGCAGAGAUUCGACAUCCGUGUCCUGGGUCUGGGUCUGCUGAUUAAUCUGGUGGAGUACAGUGCCAGAAACAGACACUGUCUGGUGGAAAUGGACCUGGACUUUAGCUACAUGAUCAAGAUGGAGGUACACGUGAAGUCGGAGAAUGACGUGAAAACAGAAGGAGAGGAGGAGAGUAAGGCGGACGGACCAAAAACGAAUAAAACCGAGUGCGAGAAGGGACCCGCGACAGUAAAGUCAUCAAACGCGCUGGCUGCUCUAGUUCAGCUCUUUCUUGAACGGGAACAAGCAGCAGUGCUAGCUGAGGCACAGACUGAUGACCUCAUAAGUGAGGCGCCCAAAUCUCAGGCAGACCAGAGUGGGGAGUGGAAAGAAACAUCUGGAGAGAUCCAGUGGGUGGCCUCGGAAACCAACGACACAAAUGACAAGAAAGAAGAGGAGGAAGAGGAGCUUGACCUCAAUAAAGCUCUGCAGCAUGCUGGGAAACACAUGGAGGACAGCAUUGUGGCAUCAUACUCCGCUCUUCUUCUUGGGUGUUUAUGUCAGGAGAGUCCGAUGAAUGUGAAAAUCGUACGGGAAAACCUUCCCAAAGGAGAUUUCUCUAUCAUGACUGAAAUGCUGAAGAAAUUCCUUAAUUUCAUGAACCUGACGUGUUCUGUCGGAACCACGGGACAGAAAUCUAUUUCACGGGUGAUUGAUUAUUUGGAGCACUGUUAGCAGAGGUGUCGUAUUUCCACCUCUUCUGUGGGUUAAAUCUGGACCUGGCCACGUGCCUUAGGCCCUUCAGGACUAGAAACAACAGAUCCGGUGGUAAAGGUGGUUAAGUGUCGCUACAGUCACCUGAGUGGCUCACUGCAGAGACUUUCAUGUUCUGUUUUUUUUCCUCUUUCUUUUCGCUUGUUUUUACAUUGUGUGUUUUUCAAAUGCUGUCUCUUUCUCUCAUACUCACACACGUACACACACUCGGCUGUGUUUGCUUAAUAUUUGGGUUUUGAAGCCCUGAUUCUCAUGUAAAAAACAAACAUGAUUUUAAGAUGGUUGUCCUUGUUUGUAGUGUAAAGAUUUACACUAAACCUAGUAACUUAUUGAUAUUUCAAACACUGAGGGCUGAGGCUUUGUUCACACUGCAUGCAAAUCCGCUUUGCUUUUCAAAUCUGAGUUUUAGGCCAGGCUGUUUACACAUGUAAGAGAAUUUAUUACACCGUAACAAGAGUUGUAGAAACUGGUAACUUUGCCUCUGCUCAUGACAUGACACAAGCAUCGAGAGGCAUUUUGUGUGUUCAGGAAUAUAUCCUAAAAUAUUAUUUUUCAUGUUUUUAAAAGAAGUCCCUUAUGCUCACCAAGGCUGCAUUUAUUUGGUCAGAAAAACGGUAAUAUUAUUAGAAUUAAAAAUAAGUGUGUUCUAUAUGAAUACAUUUAAAGAUAUAGUUUAUUCUUGUGAUGGCAAAGGUGAAUUGUCAACAGUAACUGUCUUUUUAAUUGAAUGCAUCCUUGCUGAAUAAAAUAAUUAUAUUUUAUAUAUAUAUAUAUAUAUAUAUAUAUAUAUAUAUAUAUAUAUAUAUAUAUAUAUAAAGGAAUUAUACUGGAGUCUGGUCCCAAAUUUUGAACCGAAUUGUACAUGUUGUUUGCUGUUGAAAGUAGACUCUAAAAAUAAUAAUAAUAAUAAAGCUAAUUGAGUCCGAUGUGCAAAAAAAUAAAAAUAGAAUAAUGAUUUUGCUGCCAGUCUGAAGAAAGCCUAAGAUGCCUAACGAACCAAAGACAAAGACCUUGUGAACAUGACACCGUGGAUUCCUGUAGGGAUUCUUGUAGUCCUGCUCACAAAGUGUUUAAUGAUUAUGAGAUGUUUAAUGUUCAUAUAUCAAACGUUUCUUUCACAUUUAUACUGAAACCAAGCUAUUAUGUUUGAUUUCUGUAAAAACUACACACUAAACAAAAUGUUUUGGUGAUUUUUAUCUGGAUCUCAAGGGAAGAAUUGUAGGGGGCUCUGGCAUAUUUUCAUUGCUUCUUUGAUCUUCCAGUGGCGUCUGCAGUUUAAAUACUUCUCUGUGUGAAGAAUCACCAUCUUACAUUACCCUUGGAAAAAAGUUUUUUUUUUUUUAAUUCAUAAUGUUUCUUUGAUUAGUUUUGGAGACUGUGCUGUGAGAGCUCCAUUUCAAUGUAAAAAAAAAACAACAACAAAAAAAAAACGGUACUUAAAAAUGCUUUUCAAGUGUUUUAGUGCGUUCAUGACUCAAAUCAAAAUGCUCAUCCUUUGUUAAUUUAAUUAUGAUCUAAAUAGCAUGGAAUUGAGAUUUAUUGUUUUAUAAUUUUAUGAAUUAUUUUCUUUAUCUUUUGAUGUGAUUUCAGAAUUUUUUUUCUUAAUUAUGUUUCAGACAUUUUUAAUUCCAUCCUGUGUAUGUCUGCAGAAUGGCUGGAAGCUGCUGAAAGGUCUUCAAGAAAAAAAAAAAAAAACUAAACAAAAGACAGUGCAUACUUUUUCAGACCGAACUAAGCAAAAGUGUCUUCUAUUCCUGUCAGAUCUUUGCUGAAGCAGAGCCAUAUGUAGUAAAGCUUGUUCUAUUUUGUAAAACUGAAGCAAGUUUUACGAUAAGUUAAUUUACAGAUCUGAAUUAAUUUUUCUUUCAAUUGUACAUAUUUCUGUACAUAUUUGAUGUUAGACUGCUAGACUACUUUCACCAACUUUUCUUCGUUUUAUACGUUCCCCCCUUAUUGCAUUAUUUUAGAUAAAUUUUAAAUUACAAUUACAAGAAAUAUAUAAAUAUUAUAUAUAUAUUAAUGGAAACGAUUUGUACCAUUUUCCAGGAUGUUGUCUUUGGUUACAAUGUAAAUAAUUUGACCUUGAAUAAAUACUUGCUACUUUCA